CGAUCCCUUUAAUUACAUAAUUACAUCAGCAUCAAGGCGUUGACUGACUGCUUUCAGAAAGGCCUUUGCUCCCGUAAAUGCUAUAACUUCGAGUUAUAUUUUGAGACGAAUUGGCUUUUGCCCCGCAUAUUCAUUGUUGCCGUGAGCGAAGGAAAAGAUUGAAAUCAGGAGAAAUCUUCAGUCAAUAUGUCCUCCAAAGUGUUGUUGCUGUUGUGCUUUAUUCAUUUCGCGAACGCAGGUAUGUUAUUUCACUUAUUGGGUCAAGUAUUGUGCAAAUGAAACAAACCUUUUUGACAUUUUUAUCGAAACUUCAGUAGCUAUUGUGAUAUAUUUUAAAUCGUUUUCAGCUUCUUUGUUUUGAGAACCAAACGAGAGUUCACGAAAAUACAGUUAGGCCUAAUUAAGUUAUUAAAUUCCGAAUUAUCAAGGUCUCAGUAAGUGUUAUCAAUCUCGCCUUCAGCUCGACUGCUCUUCACCACUUACCUCGACUGGCUCGACAAUUCUGGAUAUCACAGAAACCUCAUCCAAUAAGGCCCGGUUUAGACGGCGAACUUUUGGAAGAGCACCUAAAUCAAUUAACAAGUCCGACAAAUUUUAAUUAGGUUCGACACGGCACAAAAUACGGCAAAUCAUGUCGCGUAUUAUGCGACACAGGUUCGACACAUGGGUGUAGACGCCGUGCUUUUCAUGCGCCGAACAUGAUGCAUAAAUUUUCACUACGUACAUUGUAUUAACUCAGUUAAUAAUUCAUGACUGAAGAAAUCAUGAGCGUGAAGGAGUUUAUAUAUCUGAUACCGAAUCAUGUUGAUUUACAUAAAAUUUUCUCACCAAAUAUCAUUCAUUUAUUUUAAAUUGUUGAAGAAUACGAAUGUUCUCAUCGAGACGUUUCACAAGCUAUAUAUAAAGCAUUCGCCUCCGUGACACGGAGUGAAGUACGCAUGAGAUUCAACAUGACAUUCGACAUGUGAACUCACUCAAAAGUAAAAUGAAAAAACAAAUAUCCACUUCUUCUCUUCCAAAUGAAUUAGAAGAAAAGAAAUUAUACAGUUCUUAUUAACGAAUUAAUUAUUAUUAAUUAAUUAAUUAUUGAUUUAUUUUUUAAAAUUAAUUAGUUUUAUUCCACACAAUUCAAAUCAACAAACGCGCCUCAAAAGCAGUCCAGAAAAGACAUUUUCCAAACAAUCACCCCGGUUUUUGAAACUUUCAUAUAUUGUAUAAAAUUAUAUGCUUUUUCAAUAUAUGGAAAUUUAAAAAAAAUUGUAUAGAAUAGAAAGACGUUAGGCGGAUGGUUUAAUAAUUUUUCAAUACUGAAAUUAUGCUAAUGUCAAAUUUUGUUUUCCAGUUUUCCAGGGAGCCAAAAUAGUUAACUGGGGGCCAACUCGGGCCCGGGGGCCUUGCCCCCCCCAGUCUGUUAAAAAAUGCCCGGAAACGUAUAGCCUACUGUGUACAAGUACAACGUCUAAAGCAGUUGCCGAACUUGUGCCGUAUUUAAUUUGAUUGGUUUGGGCAUGAAAAGUUCGCCAUCUAAACCGAGCCUGUCUAUUAUAGGCGACUGGCUUCACGUUGGCCAGGCUGCAGUGGGUGCCAAGGACAACAGCUAUCAUGAAUUGGUGUAUAAAGGUCCAAGCUCUUUUGUUGGUGCCGUGAAACUCGUGCACACCAAAGGUUAUAUGUCCAACCGGAAGGGACUCACAAACUCCUACUGGGGGUUAGUGAAUGAAUCCCAAGUUCUCGCGACCGUCAUCACAGAUGUUGAAAAUAGGAUCAUCUAUCCUUCCCCCUUCGUAACUCAAUUGACCUGGCAUGGUUUGUAUCGAAUGCCCGGAUACAACAGUACAUCUCCUUACCUGGUCUUUAGUGACUUCUGCGCGCCGCAGUAUUUCGAAGGAGGCAGGAAAAUCAGAAUAUGGUACAGCGAAGAUCUUUAUGAUUAUACUGAUCAUAACAACAACGGAACAUCCCAUAUGGAAGUGUAUUUUUUUUUGUAUGGAAAUAGAAAGGCCAAGUUGCAAAACAACUAAAAGAACGCUUUAUAACUGAAAUGAUAUUAUAAUAGUAGUUGCAAAACAACAAAAUGAACGCUUUAUAAUUGAAUUUGAACUGAUAGCAUCUUCAUAUAAAUAGUAAGUGAAUACUAAUAGACCUUAAUUUUCUUGAUAUCUGGAAAACACUUUGUAAUAUUCGAAAGAAAUACAGUAAAAAUCGCUGAAAUUUUCAUGCAAAAGUCUAUAACGUUUUUUGAUGUGCCAAACAGGACGGACAGUGAUGGAAAUUGCAUAGAAGGUAAAUAGGACAUAUUUACGAGCGUUUCUGGGAUUCCAUUCGAUUCCUCUCUCUCGUGACAAAAUACAUUCAGACGAAUAGACGAAUUCCAAUCUCACUGAGCUAACAAAUAAUUCAAUAGCAAAUAUUUCUAAAUUCCAAAGUAAAGCCCAACAUAACCAGGCGCAAUAUUGACUAAAAUACAUUUUCCUUAUAAGAUAAUACAUCUAUAGUUUUGAAGUUAAUAUAGAAAAUAAACAUGGUUUGGAAAGUGGAAAAGUCGUAUAGAUACGUUUCAUUAAGCAAUCCGGAGAACUUUCACAAUACACCCUUUCGACAAUUACGUCACACAUACUUUUUGGUCCUGGAGCCUCGCUCUCAUUAGUAAAGUACGCAAGAUGAUUGGCUCACGGUUCAUGAGAGCGAGGCUCCCAGGCCAAAUGACGUAAUUAUCAAAAGGGCGUAUUAGAUAUAUUAUUCCUGGAUUCAAAUCUUUAAACACAUAAUAUAUUCUAUAUCUAAUAGAAUUAACAUUCUUUUCAUUUAAUGAAGGUAUAAGUACCGCAUGGGGGUAAAUAGAGACCUUACGAUUUUAGGACGGCAACCGCGACGGCCAAAACAAACUCCUUCAAAUAAAUGGUAGUCGAUAGUUCGUCGUAUAUUAUCAAUCGUAUGAAUUUAAUACAGUCUUAGAAGUUGAAGACAUGGGUUUUAUGGUUCGGGGAAGAGUUCUGCUAAACCCAGUUUGAAGUUGCACUUGUUGUGGCUUGGAAUGCAGCCGUUGUAUCAACACGUGAAAAUAUGUGAUUUGGCGUUGUAAACAGAGCGAGGACAAUGUCUAAAUUAUUCAUUUAUUGUAAUUACUCAAUUCUUUUCAAUGAUCUAUUGUAUUGGUAGCCGUUGCCGUCGCGUUGCCGUCCUAAAAUCGUAAGGUCUCUAAUAAAUAGAAUUGAGAGGGAUUAAAUUGUUCACAAUAUUUAUUGACCUUGCAACGGAAACAUUUGGCAUCGUUUUCUCACUCCCAUAUAUUACGUGCCAACACGCUUGAAGUUGCUGUGUUGUUGGAGGGUGCGAAGGGUGCAAUAGGGAGCUUAAGCAUGUAGGACGGCAACAGGACGACGACGGCAACUAAUACAAUGAGUCAAUGAAAAGAAAUAAAUAAUUAAAGUCCCAGGGGAGUUUCAUACGUAGUCGUCGCUCUGUUUACAACGGCAAAUCACAGAUUUUCACGCUUUUAUACAACGCCUGCAUUUCAAGCCGUAACAAGUGCAACUUAAAAUGUGGUUCAGUGCAACUCUUCCCAAACUUGAAAUAUCAUUAAAAAUUCAUAAACCUUGUGGCAAAUCAUGUCAGCCAUAAAAUGUCACGUGGAGUGACUUUAUAUUUUGAUAAAACUCAUCUUCAUUAUAGUAUUCUUUAUAUAAUUGUUCAUCCUAAUUAGUAUGAUUAUAUAAUUGUUCAUCUUAAUUAGUAUUCUUUUGUAGUCGUAUUUUAAGCUAUUCAAAACACUCGAACGCGCGUUUUAUCAUAUCUAAAACUAAAUAUGAUAAAACACUCCUUCUCGUGUUUUAAAUACUACUUAAAGCCAAUAUUUUCAACUUCUUAUACUGUAUUAAAUUCAUACAAAUUAUAAUAUACGACAAGUUUUCUUUACUAUCAUUUAUUUGAAGGAACUUGUUUUGGCCGUCGUCGUCGUGUUGCCGUCCUACAUGCUGAAGCUCCCUAUCUUCCAUCAACAAUUACAGCCUUUCAACUAUUGAAUCGAGUGGGAUGCCAACAAAAUCUUGAUAUUUACCUAUAUCAUUUUCACACUCUCAUGUGUAGCUGUCAAUACAUUCGAAGUUGAUCGAAAAACCCACUGUACAGCUUUGAAGUACGCUGUAUGGCCUUCCUAUAUAAAACCAUGUUCAUUUUCUAUGUUUGAAGUUACAUUAUUUACAUGGACUUCUUAGUUUCAUCACUUUCUACCGACUCCUUGUUUUCAUUUUCCUUGUUUUCAUUUUCCUUGUUUUCGCUUUCCUUGUUUUCGUUUUCCUUGCUCGUGUUUUCACCGGACGCGCCAUCGGUUUUUUUAUUAUUCAACGCGUCUUCAGUAUGGUCUUGAUAUCUGGAUUAAAUAAAAUAGAAAUAGAAUUAUAAUUCUUG